AUGGUGCGCAAAACCGCGUCCUGGAGGACACUAGUGGACACCAAGAGCGUCCGCCAGCAGCACCGAGCGUCCGGGAAGGACGUGGUUGUUCCCCUCGUGCUCUGGAACGAGCCGCCGCAGGUGGAAGUGUCCUCCUUGCACGUCCUCCAACUGCCGGCGUCGCAGCCGAGCCAGAACUCGUCCACGUUGGUCACCGAGGAGAACAGAGAGGUGAACAAUGAGGAGGAGGACACUCUGGAGGACACUCGCACCCAGCUGUGCGUCUUCGCCGGCACGCUGGACGGCGUCGUGCUCUACUGGCGCUUCGAGCAGGACGGCUCCGUGGCGCAGGUCAACAUGCUGCUCUUCCCGGGCAGCGAGGGCUGCGGCCAGCCCGUCGUGGGGGUCGUCAGUGGCACGGACGAGUGGGGGCAGAGCACGCUCAUCUCAGCCACGCGCGACGGCGCGCUCGCUCGCUGGCAGCUCCCCAACGGCGCCUGUGCCGAGGCCAACGCGUCGCUGGCCAAGGAGCUGGCGCCGCUGCUGGGGCUCGAGAUGCUGUGCAACAGGAGGUUCGCGGUCGUGGUAAGCGAGGAGUCGAGGCUCAUGGUGCUGGAUACGUGGCGGAUGCAGCUGCUGUACUGUAUGGACACUGCGCAGGAGCAGAUUCGACGCAGCAUCGCAGUGGGCGAGCUGCAGAUGCCACGACCCAGAUCGCCGAGGCCGAAGCUGGUUAGAUCAAGCAGUGGAUCAGGGAUCGACACAGGGUAUGGACCGACAACUGAGCUGGUGCUUGAUCACCCACUGAUCAGCGGACGGAUAUCUCCCUCCAGGUCGUCGCUAGCUGGUGGAUCGCCGGAAUCGAGGCGAGCUGCUACCUUUCUGCCGUCGAAUACUGUAGAGCAGCAUCAGCAGCGGUGGGAUGCGAUGGUGCUUUCUCUGGGGGCUGAGGGACUAGUGAAGUGCUUUUUGUGGACGCAGCCCCGAGGAUCAACUAGUGGAACGCCAUUCGGCGUAAGUGAGGGCGGUGGAUCAGCCAGUGUGGCGUGGGGAUUUCGGUGGGUGCAGCGGAGCAGUUGGGUCAUUUCGUGGGCUGAUCAGGCAGAAGACAUCACCUGCUCGCAAAGUACGUCGCUGAAAGAUGGGGAUAAUAUGAACCCGCAGACGGCGCUCAUGGGGUCGAUCAAGAGCAGCUACUUCCCGCUGUCAGUGCACGUGUCGCCAGACUCGUCGCUCGUGCUUCUCAUUUGGAAGACCAAGUUUGUAAUACUCAAGCGGAAAUGGCUGUGUCCGUUAGAGAUACGCAGUGACGGCCAGCCAAGCAAUGAAUCUUUUUCGAAGACGAGACCAAACACAGGCGUCGGAAGUUGCCGAAUCUCGCCGGUGGAGUUUGUGCGCCAGGCAGCAACGACCUACGGCAGCAAAUAUCUCACUUCCUGCAGCACUGGUGUCGGUUGCGGAGCGGUACAUUGGGAGAACGGCGAGUUUCUGGAAGACGGGAAUGUCAUUUUGUGGACCAACACGGGCCAUGUUUUCCAGUUCAUGACGAGUGAAUCGUCCACGGAAACGGCUGGCAAGUUUUUCAUAUUUACGAAGGACCAAGACCAGUUAGUACCGCGUUCCGAUUCGAAGGCUCUGCGUAUUAUUGACAAGGCGAUGUACAUCACCUCAAUGGAUCGAUGCAAGUGCUGCGAUCUCCUGGUGCACAAGGACAGCUGCUUGCAGACGAAGCCCCGUCGUUCAAGUAUUUCUCGACCAGGGCGAAGGCAGCAAGCUGGGUUCACGUCAUGUAUCAAGACAUCGUCAUCACUUUCUGGGGCCGCGCUGCAUGUCGUGCACAUGUGCCAUCGUGGGUCACUAGGACUUUGGACAAUGCCGGCUGUGCGAGUGCCUUCCCCGACUCGAAUGAGCCAAAACAAGGGAAAUCUUGUCGCACCAAGAGUGCCACCGUCGGAACGAGUGCGGUUUCAUUCUCUUACUGACGGAUUUGAAGCUGCGGAGACAGCGGCUCUGGGCGACGCCACUAGAGAUACUAGAGAUGAAGCGCGUUCAAUGCCACAGAAUCGAGGGUGCCUGACGCACCUGAUUCUUGGACGGGAUGACACUCAGUCGUCUUCAACCUACGAAGUGGUUCGACGAGCUGGAUUGCGUCGGAAACGGCGGCAAGAACUUAAUGACGCAUUGGCAAGAUCGGGAGGAGGCGGAGCAUCAAUUACGAGUACUGCAAGCAGAAAAUCAGAGCUGGCAGGUUAUCGCUACUUAUUGGAUAUCCCGAUCGUCGCUAAAGGGUACUCGGAUGGACUCCUUUGCAUUGGGUUGCUGACCCAGGAGCAUUUACCGAAUGGAGCGGCCAAGGAUUCAGAUUCGCGACUAUCCUGCCAUUCGGGGCGAACCACUGGUACUUCUCAGCCUUCUAUCAGAUUUAUGGUGUUUAGCGGAGGAACAGACGGCGUUCUGCGCGUGAUCGAGCUUGUGCUUUAUCGCUCUGCAACUGCAGAUGCACUGGUUCACCACGAGGCGAAGAUACUACAAAGGUUUCGGAACCACCGAGGUGCCAUCCAGCAGAUCAGUAUAUCUCCAACCAGGACAAGUGGCGCUACUGGUGAUGGGAGAGAUUGGGACUCUAUCUACCCCGACAGACUGGUUGCAACCGUUGGAAUCGACAACAAAGUUGUAAUCUAUGCACCCAAGUAUACCCGUCACCCAUCCACUGGAACUCCCUUUGGUCACUGUGGUGUUAAGUGGGAAUGCGUGCUGGAACUGGCAGAACAUGGUGAUAGAAUCUGCACUCUCGAUUGGCAUCUGGAGCGUGGCUUGCUUUACGUGGAGUGCGAUGAUCGUAUGGUGUAUGUUUGGAGCACUGACACUGGAAUUCUCGAGCGAACGAUGCCUUGUGCGCUACUGUACGGAGGUGGAAAUGCGUCCGGUGACCGAGGUGCUGAAGCUUCGAGCUCUGCUGGUUGCUCUCUUGUCGAGAAUUCCACUCUAUUUAUUGGCAACUCGGUCGUGCAACUUAUCGAGUUCGGUGUGCUUCGAAGCGCGGAGCAGAUGAAGAAGAACUGGAGCAGCUACUACUCUUCUGCAACGGCCAAUUCUGUCGACAGCCUGCAAGCUGCACCAGCCUCCGUGUACAUGACGUGCUCAAUGGAGUUGUUCAUGCUCUCCCUGUUGCUGUCAUGGGGCGCUACGCCUGCUAUUGAUCAAUCGUGCCGAGACAUUUUGGGGAUUGAACCAGCCCAUGCGCUGUACUCUUGCGCUCUGCAAGACUUUGUUUCCGGGGCGCUAACUAUUCCAAUCCCGUGGGCUACGCCGAUUGUAUCGCCGUUGGUUGCCGGUGAAUCCUCAGGAAGUGAGCCAGUCGUGCCUGCUUUUGCCCGUAAUUGGCAGCACUCGUCUGCGCUAUCAGCGAGCAUCGCACUUGGUGUGGUCUCACUUUGCAUGAGUUGCAUGGAAUACAAAUACCCGAGGCCCGGGCUUGGGAGCACGUCUCCGGUAAACAAGGAAGAGUUUCAAGUUCUCUGGAGCCAGCUCAUCACGCAGCACUCGGUCGUACUUCCCGAGUGCGUGGCCCAAUUCCGGGAACCAGCUCUAGAAGAGCUAGCUGCAUUCGGCUUCGACUCCUGCGAGUACACGCAGCUGGCAGCACGUACGCUGUUGAGUGGUGUGAUUAAACGUCUUCCUCCGACCGAACGAAGCAUCUUGUCAGCGGAGUAUUCAGCGAAACUGCAUUGGGAAAUGGUGCGCUUGGAAACGGAGACUGGCAGCUCGUUCCUCGGGACAGUGGGUGGCGUUGGGGCCAGUGGCGGCUCAAGCACUACGUCUCAAGCGAGUAACAGUGGUGCUACAGGUGCAAGCGGCAAUAGCUCCAGUGCUGGCAAUGAAUUAAGCGUCAUGUCGUUCUCUUUGGUGGUGGAGCGACUGGGCUCACUCGUACUAUUGAUGAGCAUGAUCGGGACGUAUUUCCCUGGCGAAAUUUCGCCGGCGGGAGCGCGCGAAGUGUGUGACGUGUUGGUGUACUUGCUGAAGGCGCCAGAGAGGUUCGUGGCGUCCGUGUCUGCAGAGCUGUUGACGAAGGGCUUGAUGCUGUUUAGGCCGCAUCUUGUGGACUUGUCGUCGCUGAUCAUCCAGCUCCUGCUGAUCGACAUGCGCGAGAAGUUGCGCAGUGCAGGCGACGAGGAAGUUCCGAUUGGUCCGGGUGGUUCUCUCGCCAACUUCAACGAGGGUGGGACCGGCGGAAGCAAUGCGGCGAUGAGUUUACUGGUCGAAGUUGGCGCAUGCGAGUCGGCGUUCGUACUGGGUCUGCUACAGCAGGAGAUGCACAACCACGACCGUCCUGCCGGCUUCCACGAGAGCAUCCUGCUCUACAUGAUGGAGCUCAUCAACACGCACUACCUGCUCAUGUGUCGCCACCUCCCGGCCUUCGUGGACACGAUCAUGGCGUGCUUGGACCCGACGAAGCCCGAGCGUCGACGACGCUGCCUGCCACUAAGCACUCGAUGCCUGCACAGCUUGGUACGCCGAUUCCCGAUGGUCGACUUCCACAAGGAGACGCAGCGCUUGGCUCUGGGCACGAUGGAGGCGGUGAUCGUCAUCUAUGACCUGCGCACGGCGACCAAGUGGCGCGUGCUGGACGGCCACGCGUCGGCCGUCUCGGCCGUUCGGUUCCGGUCCGACGGCCAAGUUCUCGUGUCGUACGCCGCCCGCGACGGCAGCGUGCGGUGGUGGAACAGCGGCAACGCCGGGCUGUUCGGCGGCAUGCUCAAGAUGCACCAGUCCUGCCUCAAGGAGCACAAGCUGGCGGCGCUCAAGGUGAGCGCCAACGGCGGAGCGCCAGCGUCCACGGGUGGGGCCAGCGCCGGCCUCAAGCAGAUCAUCCAGACGUGCCGCUUCCACUUCCUCACGCGCAAGGACAGCCCCGGAGACGGCACCGGCAACAGUGGCCACUCGGACCAGCCCAAGCACAUCCUGCGGCUCACGAGAGAAGACGCCAGCCAAGUGCAGUUCCUGCUCUAA